AGCAAUAGCAGCAGCAAUAGCAGCAGCAGCAGCAGCAGCAGCAGCAACAAUCAGCAGCAACAUCAGCGCCCUGAGUGCACCGACAAUAAUAUGAGGAGUGGCAGUUCGGAAUUACUACUCGAGCAGCAACAACAAGAGCUACGGUUACGUAAAAUCCGAGAACUGGCUCCAAAAAAGAAAAAUGGCAAUCGGCGCUUUCGUUCGUGGCGGGAACGUGCGCGUUUCUAUGGCACCUCAACACUCGCCUUCUUCUCGGUGACGGCCGGCGCCUCGCUGCUGUUUCUGGUGCCGCUCUAUGUGGAUCCAGCGAUAUCGACACUGAGCCACGACUUUAUCGAACAUCCAACACUGUGCACAACAACACGGCGCGAGGAUCUUGUUGGCAUAUUUAAUUGCUCGUGGAGUUCCUGCCGCGAGGGCUGCACCUCCGAUCUGUAUCGCUGUGUGCACAUCUAUGUGACAUUUAUCGAACAGAAUAUAACGAUACCAGAGAACAUGACCGACUAUACAAACUACACCGCUGAGUGGGAGCAGUCCAGCGAGGCCACACUGCUCGUCAACAUUAAGGGCUGCGGUUAUCCGCCCACAGUGACGUGCAAGAAUUUUAAUAUGUACUACGGCGUCGAAGGCGCCAUCUAUCCGUGUUUCUAUUCGCGUAAAAACAAGACCGUCGUCUUAACAUCCUACAAUCAUGACGAUCAGGAGGCCAUGAUCAUCCAUUUUUUUGUGGUGCCCUUUGUGAUAACGGUCAUCUCAUCAAUCGCACUCUGCAUCAUGCACUGCGAUUGCCGCUGCAAAAAGGAUCGCAGCCAUCGACGCAAUCGUCCCCAGUGCCGCAGGCCACGCAUUGAGAAUCUCAGUGAUACUUCGAUAUCGACGAGAGUGGACAUGCUCACGCCAGCGAUUGAAGUGUAUAAGGCGCCUCUCUGACACAAGGAUGACACUGUGGAGAGCAAUUUAGGGAAUCCAUCGACGAGUAGCGAUUUCUAGCAGAAGCUAAUCAUCACUGCGGAACUAACUACGGAUAAUCUAUUUGUUCUUCCAACAUAGUGUCAAUCAAGUCCAGCUAACUGAAUUCUAGAAGCCCAAAAACCAUGGCCAGAGCCAGGGCCAGGGCCAGCGCCAAGGCCGUCGAUAAACUACACUGAAAAGUUUUAGCAAAACAAACCAAAUAUAUAAACACUCAUACAUAUAUA